AUGCGGUUGGUCCUGCCGGAGUGGCUGCGCAUUCCCAGCGGUGCGUUGGUGGGGGCGAUCGGGUCAUUGACUCGCCGGUCGGUGGGGAGUGCGUCGCUGCUCCGGACGCGCGGGAGCUCCAUCGGGCAAUUCGGGCCGUGGCCUUUGGCCGGAGCAUUUGCCGCGGCCCGGGCCCGCUUGAUGAGCCCCAGCAGUCUAGGAUGGCUGCUGCCAUUCUCGCCUGGGUGUUUCUGGUGGAAUGCUGGGGCCUUCUUUGUUGCCCUGGGUUGCCGCGAGAGCUUGUCGAGAGCGACUGUGGAGCGACUGGCUGCUCCGUGCUCUGGGCGCGCGAGCGGGGCAGCGCAGGCGCCCUGGAACCAUGCAGUCGCCGUGUCUCGUCGGAUGUUUGCGCUGGCCUCGUCGCAGAUCUCUGCCGUGGAGUGUCGCGCGCAGGGCGUGCGCCGCUUGGUUCGCCGGGUCGAGGACCUCGUCGGCGUCGCCGGCGGCGUGGGCCUCGCCCAUCCGAUCCCGGUCGAGGGGGGCCCGGCGGCCUCUGCGAUGCUGCGUGGGGAGGUCACGCAGGGGGACAGCGUCGACAGCAAGUCGUCGCCCUUCGGAGCUGGCGAGCACGUGGUAGACGCGCGUGUUCCCAGUGCCCGUGGUUCGACGGUCCCAGCCAAGGUCUCGGCCGUAGGAGCGAACCUCGGCUGCUACACGGUGCCGUUCGCGGAGCGCGUGGGGCCUCGCGGCAAGGUCCUGGCCUUCGAGCCCUUCCGGUGGCUGCAGCAGAUCGUGUCCGCCAACGUCGCGAUCAACGGCCUCAGCAGCGCUUGGGUAUUCCCCGUGGGCUUGGGGGCGGAGUCCGCGCAGCUGGAGGCUCGGUCGCCGCAGCUGCGCUUUUUCUCGUCCCCAGGCGGCAUGAAGCUCAGCGGGCAGGCAGAGGGCAUGAAAAACGAGGAGGCCAUGCAACUCUAUGACUGGGACUCCGCGCCAGAGCUGAUCACGGUGGUGACCCUGGACGGGGCUGCGGACGAGCAGCGAGCACUGGGCCUGGCAACCGACCCCACGCCCCUCCAAAUGGUGAGACCGGACGCCACUCCGGUGGCCACCGACGGGUGGCCCCUCCUCUCUCCCAUCAACGCGGCCGCCAUGGCCUGCAGGGACUUCGAGGACGUACAGGACAAGACGGGCAGGAAACACCACUACGACAUGAGGCCAUUUCUCGCCAGCCUCUACCCAGCGCUGCCCUGGGUGAGGCGGAGCACGUGCCCGCGUGCGGCGCCGACCGCCGCGCCGACCUCGCCGCCCACUUCGCAGGCGCUGCCGGCGCUGGACGACCGCGCUGCGCUCCAAACUCAGCCCACGGCCGUGCCGCGGAGCUACGAGCGUCCUGCGACCGUCUUUGCCACCAGGCCGCUCAGCCUCCUGGCCCUUGUCCCCUUGGCCGCCAACCAGGGCGUUGCCGACCCGGGCCCUUGCACCGCGGAGCGCCGAGAGACGCGGAGCCUCUCAGAGCGGAAGAUAGUGAAGGUCCUCGGGGCCCCUGUGCCAUGCCUGCGUCUUCCGCGGCCCCUGCGGCUCAAGGAGUUCUGGCGGGGGAUGGACUGGGCCUUCAGGGGGCUCCAGGCAGUGGCCCCUCUCGCGCCAUACCUCCUCCCUCCGCGGUGCCCGGAUUGCAGCUGCGUGGCAGACUGCUCGGUGCCGACGGAGAUCGUCGGGCUGCUGGGCAGGCAACUCGACAGGUGCGGCCCGGAGCAAUUGACCUGCCCGAUCUGCCCGGGCUGCCCUGAGGUGCGCUGCCCAGUGCCUGGGCCGGCGCUGGGGGCCUUCGCCGCGGGAGCGGCCAUCGGCGCCCUGGCCACCGCGCUCGUCGGGGCGCUCUGGGGGCUGCGCCGGCCCGCGGCGCUGCAGGCGGGGCGGCCCGCACUCGAGGACGACGAGCUGCUCCUGGCGCUGGACGCUGGCGGCCCAGCGGCCGCUCUGGCCGGCGAGGCACAGGUCGCGAUCGACUUCUUCGACGACCCGAACGGGUUCGUCUGGCACGUUCGGGUGCUGCUCGUGCCGGCGGGGGCGGGCAAGUGGAUCUGGGUCACCCCGGACCACAGCGUGCAGUUCGGGGACCUCACCACGCACCGCGUGGUGCCGCUGCCUCGGAACUCGCCCUUCCCUCGCCGGCUGGUGGGCCAGCUGUAUGCGUUCGACCCCUUCGAGGAGGGGGAGCUCGAGGCCAUUCGAGAGCAGGCGGCGGCGCUGGCGGCGGUGCUCGGCAUCGAGGUGCCGCGUGGCGCUGCGGCGGCUCCGCCUCGCUGGGUGGUGGCCGACCCUGCUCACCCACAGUUCGGGCAGGUCAUCGACGCGGCGAUCAGCGGGGCCGAGGACAGGUUCGUGCGCCGUGGGGCGGUGGCCUUGGCGAUGCUGGACGGGAACGACGAGGACGGGAUCUUCACGGCUUGCGAGAACGUGCCGGAGGAGCGACACCAGCUGUGGCUGGACGAGAAGCACUCGGGGCCCGGUCGAGAUCCACGGGUGUGUCCCGUCCGACGGGUGGGACCAGGUGGGCCUCGACGAGCGACUUUAGAUCAGGCCAUCGAGGCGCACCGCCCGCAGGACGUCAGCGACUGGGUCUUCCGCGGGCCGAAGUCGUUGCCCGAGUUCUUGGACAGCGUGCGCGCCUCGGGGCUGGGCAUCGCGGGCUACGCGAACCACUACGUCACCAGCAGCGGGGUGCCGCCCGGCAGCGCCGCGGCGCACGAGAUCCGUCUUCUGCUCGAGGCCUUGCGGCACCUCAUCGAGUACGACCAGGUCGAUGUCACGAAUCUGGCGGGGGCCGAGCUCAUAGCGAGGAGGAUCGUGCAGAUGCAGCGUGCCAUUCGGCGCGACCCGAAGCAUCCCAAUUACUCGGGCUUGGAGGACAUGCUGGCCUCGGCUCUCGACGAGACGGGGGGAGUGGUCACCAGCAAGUUCGACGAGUGGGUCGCCCAGGAGCAGAAGACAAAGGCGGUGAUCAUGAAGAACACUCGGUUGUACACGGAGGAGAGAGACGCCGAAGCCAAAAAGUCUGGCGGAGGGCACGUCGUCGACAUGGCGUCCGACCCCUUCCCCCUGGUGCUGCCCUCGGACUUCUUCGAGGAGACCAGCCGAGAGCGCCCGGCGGGCCGCCGCGCCGCUCGCCGUCGCACGAAGCGGGACUGGACGCGCCAGGCGACCGAGGACAUCUUCUCGAGCCUGAACGCGCUGGCCGCCGCUCGAGCGUCACACACCCUCCAGCCUGGACGGGUGCGCCAGACUUCGACGCUGACCCCUUCGCAGGAGUCCGCGCUUGGCCGAGUGAUUCGAUCGGUGGCUCGACAUGGUCCGCCUCCGCCCGACGCUCGGCCUCGAGAGGCCUUUCAGGAGCUUCUCAAGUCCAGCAACAUCUACUCCGAGGAGGGUCGGCUCACGGUUCGGCCCUUCGUUCAGGACAAGGUCUCCCUCUUGCAGGGCUCGGUGGAGCCUCGGGAGGCGCUCGACCUCGUCCCAGAUCACGUUCGACAAGUUUUGAUGGAGCCCGAGAGGUUCCUGGAGCGACACUCCGACGAGCUCGCCGACGAGCCCCACAUCGAGCCGUACUGGGAUCCUCUUCUGAACCCGAGGGUCCGCGCCAACCGCCCGCGCCUGCUCGCGCUGCUGAAGCGUCUUGCCGACAUGGGGAUCGUGGUGGCUACUCGUCGGAAGAAGGCCACGGUGGGGCUGUUCUUUGUCGAGAAGAAAGGGGAUCGCCUCCGCAUGAUCGUGGACGGCCGGCAGCCCAACCAGUACCAUCGGCUGCCCCCUCAGACCAGCAUGGCUUCAGUGGAGGCGCUCGCGUCGGUGCAGGUUGGGGCCGACUGGCGACAGCGCUGCUCGAUGAAGUCGGACGAGGCCGCUCUGUACGCGGCCACGGUCGACCUGAAGGACGGCUUCCACCAGUUCAAGAUCCCGCACCUGUCCGAGUGGUUCGUGUUCGACAUGCCGGGGGUCCAGGCGAAGGACCUAGGCGUGUACCAGGUCUACGACGGCGACGCGAAGGCCUUCGUGGACGUCGCCCCGGACGACUACGUGUGGCCGGCCUACGGCGGACUGGCGAUGGGCUGGUCCUGGGCGUUGUGGAUCUGCCACGAGACGCUGGCUCAGGUGAUGCGAUCCUCGGCAGGUCCUCGCGACGCUAUGGUGCUGGACAAGGCGCCAGCGGCCCAGCUGGAGCCGGGGAUGGUCGGGGAUCUACCCUACGUCGACAACGCCAACAUCAUCGGUAUCGAGCAGGACCUCGUGCAGGACCGACUCGAGCGCAUGACGACGGCUCUCGACCAGCUGGGUUUGAAGUGGCACGAGAGACAGGACGCGGGCAUCGAGGUCGAGAUCCUGGGCGUUAUCGUCGAUGGCGUGCAGGGCCUGGUUCGUCCCAAGCCGAAGCGCCUCUGGCGGCUGCACGGGGGCUUGACCUUUCUUCUGAGAUGGCGCAAGGCCGCGGGUUGGCAGAUUCGUGCUGUUCUGGGCCACCUGGUGUCCUUCUUCCAGCUGAUGAGACCAGGGCUCUCGAUCUUCCGGGUCUUGUACGACUUUGUCCAGCAGGACCUCGGCACGAUCCGCGAGCUGCCGACGCCCGCGCUGCACGAGCUGAAGGUCGCCAGGUCGCUGCUCUUCAUGGCGGUGGGGCGCUGGGGGUUGCCCCCUUGCCCCGUCGCCUUCAUGACGGACGCUUCCAUGAAGGGCUACGCACUCUUGGAGACCGAUGCGAGGCCCGGGGAGGUUCGCGAUCUCUGCCGCUUUCGGGAGCGAGCUCGCUUCAGCCGUCGGGAGAAGUUCGUGGAGCGCGAGCACGACGGCUUCAAGGGCUCCAUGGCGAUCGGCGACGCUGGCGAGGGCUGGUGGGACGGGCUACUCGAGCGGAGCCGUGCCCGCGGGCCCGUGCCGGAGCGCUGCCGAGUCGAGGUCGACUCGGGCUGGCGACCACCGCCGCUGCCCGACGACUUCGUCGACCCCGGGCGCUGGGAGCUGGUCGUCGCUGGGGCCUGGCGGGAUGCGAGCCGCAUCCACGACUACGAGGCGCGCUGCGGGCUGAUGGGCCUGGCUCGAGCUGCCAGUCAUCCGCCGUACCACGACACGGAGCUCCUCUCCGCAGGGGACAACAUGGGCUCGGUCUUGGCCUUCGAGAAGGGCCGCGCGGCCAGCAGGGAGCUCCUCGCACAGUGCCGGCGGGCGGCCGCGCUGCAGCUGGCCUCCGGCAUCGUGUGGCGGCAACGGCACGUCGAGGGGGUGCGGAACGCGGCGGACUACAUGAGUCGGGCGGCGGACCGCGGGCUGUUGCAGCCCGGCCAGGUCGGACAGAGGCCUCGACGGGGCCGGCGCUUCUUCCUGGAGAUCUUCUCGGGCAAGGGGUACCUGACGGGGGCCAUCUUGGAGGCUGGGCUGCGUGCAGGGGCUCCCAUGGACCUCGCGAAGGGCCCGCAGUUCGACAUCACGGACCCGAAGGUCCAGAAGGUUGUCAUCGGGUGGGUCCGCUCCGGCGCCAUUUGGCUCAUGCAUCUUGCGACCCCGUGCACGCGGUGGUCGAUCGCACGUUCUUCGGGCACCGCAGAACCCGCGGGAGGACUGGCCGCGGCUCGCUUCACAGUUCGCCUGAUCCAGGAGUGCCGACGAUCCGGGGUCCACUUCACUCUCGAGAAUCCUCAGCGGUCGCGCCUCUGGACGUGGAGACCUCUGGCGAGGGCGCUUCGGGCGUCAGCUUCAACGUUGGUCGACCUGUGCCAGUGCCGCUUCGGGACGCCCUUUCAGAAGCCUACGAGGCUUGCGGCCUCCCACCCGCUGUUCGCCUCCCUGGCCCGCGAGUGCAGGUGCCGUCGGCAUUGCGAAGUUCUGCAGGGCAAGGUUUUGGUGAAGGGACGCUGGGAGUGGAAGACCAGUCUAGCUGCUGCCUAUCCGCCCAGCCUGUGCCGCGCCUAUGCCGGCGCCGCCCAGCUCCUGGCGCCCCCAGCGGCCGCAAGGCCAGACGGGGAGGCCUACCUCGAGCGCCGCUGGGAGCGACAGCUGGCGUCCGCGUGUGGCUGCCCCAGCGUCGCAGUCGACGCCCCGCACUGCCCGCUCAGGUACCGGCUGCCGUGGCACGGCUGCCAGAGACGCUGGGCAACCGCGGCACGCUACUCCGACUGCGUGGAGGGGCUCCACGACUUUGUCGCCUGUACCGGGGGGAGCCUCUCAGACCCGCGGGCGGCCGACACCACUCUGGAACGCUACUUCGAGUCGCUCUUCCUCGGCGGCGAGGCCAAAGCCAACGCCCGCUGGUGCCUCUACGGGCUGGCCUGGCAGCAGGGCUGGGCAACCAAGGGUGACGCCUUCCCUAAGGCCAAGCAGGCCCUCAAAGGCUGGGACCGUCUCGAGCCACCUGGAAGCCGCGAGCCCGCGGUCUGGGAGGCAGUGCUGGCCGUCGCGGACGAUCUCAUCGGGCGCGACUUCCAGUCCACGCUCGCAGGAGCGCUGCUGCCCGUGGCCUUCGACGGCUACUUGCGGCCGUCCGAGGCGCUGGGCUUGCGUGGCGCCGAUGUCUUGCGCCCGCCACGCUCUGGACCCCAGAGGCUGUGGGCGGUGACAGUAGCCCCAGCGACACAGCCAAUCCCCUCGAAGACUAACACGUUCGAUGACACCGUCUUCUUGGGCAGUGCCACCAAGGGCCAGGGCUUCGUAGGCAGCAUUCUCGAUAUCUUGCUGGCACGUGCGGGCCCAGGGCCGCUCUUUGCAGGUUUGACGCUCGCGCAGCUGGAGGCUGCCGUCAGCGCCGCCUGCCGUCGCCUGCAGCUGCCUGUGACGUGGACACCGCACUGCCUUCGUCAUGGCGGCGCCAGCCGCGACGCACUAGAAAAGUUUGAGGACAGCGACUGUGCAACCGCAGUCGAGGACAUGCAACCAGCCCCGCCACCAGAUUCUUGGCCAGCCCUAGCGCCGUCAGCAGAUUCUCGUUCAGCCCUUCUAUCUCACUUCAAGAAGAUGUUUGCUACGCCAACCGUCAAGCUGGACGUGCCGAUGAAGGAGCCGCCUGCUGUCGACCACACGGGAGACAUGGCAGACGACGAGGGCUUGGGCGCGGACUCCGAGGGCCCAGAUGGCGGCGGCACGCCAGCCGACAGCUCCUACGACAAGCUCGGCGUGUUCAGUGGCUCUGUCGGGGGCAGCGCGUUCCUUGCCGACAGGCGCCCCGCGUCUGCGCUCAAGCGCCCUGCUACCGCGACUGAGGAGGGGGAUGCGCCCGACUGGAGGAUGGCGGCCGCUGGCACAUCGAAGGCUACCCCUGCCAGGUUCUCGCCCGAUACAGAAGACGGCCAGCGAGUCGAGGAAGGGACCCCUGGCCAGAGGCAGACUAGCUUGGCCCAGCGCCACGUCUUCAAGAUGUCCCGCGAGUCGAUCCCGCUCGACCUCGUCAAUCGCUUCGACCACCUGAAGAGCAAGGAGUGCAAGAUCCCAGGCAAGGAGCGCAUGGCCAACGAGAUAAUCAACGCAGUUGUUCCCAGGGACGCGGGCUACGGCAGCUCGAUCAAGCCCGACGAGAUGAUGCUGAGCAGGAUCGUGACGCGCGAGAAGGUUGACAAGGACAGUACCUCGGUCACUUCCCUUUCGAAGCGGAUCAUGACCAACACUAUAUUCAAUGGAAGGUCGUCCGAGUUUGAGGCUGCAAAACAGGAUGGUGAAGUAUGGUCAGACCCAGACGAGCCAGGCAAGUGCGCGCACGAUACUGCAGUCAGGAGGACGUCCAAGGUGACCUCGAACAAGCGGGUCGCGAAGGAGACGUUCAACCCGAAGGGUGCCAAGCUGUUCCGAGGUGGCAUGGCCGACUUCAUGCUUGAGGAGCUGGAGCCCCCGACCUGGGAGCCAAUGAGGACCGAGAACAAAAGCACUCGCAAGGCGCUCCACGACACGAGGGCCGACCAGAACGACUACACGUUGCUCCAGAACUGCAGCGACGCCAUGACCACCGUCACGCUGGCGCUCAAGCGCAUGGGGCCCGAGGUGAUGAGCUGCGCCAAAGCUGAUGUUUCCAGGAAGCUCGCCAAGGAUACGAUGGAGUUGCUGAAGAAGGCUGCUGCUCCUGGGGGGAAGGUCACUGAGUACCUCAUGGCGCCGAUUGGCGAGAUCACCAAACUCCAGGCGGAGGAGGCGUUGAUUGCGGCAGGGAAAUGCUACGAGGAUCUCAUGGCAAUGCACUCCCAGUGCGCCAACCUGAUCAAAACGGAGAAGAGGAAGUCCAACCAGGGCGGUGGAGGCUCCAGCGGCUCCAAGCUCGCUAAGACGAGCAAGGGGAAGUGA